GACGGUGACCGGGAGCCGGAAGUGGAGGCUGUUGUGGCUCGGCCGGGCGCGCUAGGGCUGUCGCUGCUGAGGCGGCGUCCGCGGCACUGAGGCAGUGGCGGCGCUGCAGACCCAGGGCUGCUCGGCCUCUGGGCUCAUCCCGCAGCCUCCACUGAGCCCGCCGGGGCCCGCGCCGGCCAGUGCCUGCCCUAUGAGUGUGUCACUGGUUGUCAUCCGACUGGAGCUCGCGGAACAUUCGCCCGUCCCCGCCGACUUCGGCUUCAGCGCGGCUGCCAGGGAGAUGUCUGAUGAGGAGAUCAAAAAGAAGACUCUCGCUUCAGCUGUGGCCUGUUUAGAAGGGAAGUCACCAGGGGAGAAAGCAGCACUCAUCCACCAACACCUUGGCCGUCGGGAAAUGACAGAUGUGAUCAUUGAGACCAUGAAGGCCGGCCCAGAUGAGCUGAAAGAUACACUGAGAGAAAAGAAGUCUUCAGCAGCCUCCCUCACUGCACAGAGAAGUAGAGAUCAAAAUGACUGUGUAAACACAGCUCCAGAUUCUCCAUCCAAACAGCUUCCAGACCAGAUUUCAUUCUUCAGUGGAAAUCCUUCAGUUGAAAUAGUUCAUGGUAUUAUGCACCUGUACAAGACAAAUAAAAUGACCUCCUUAAAAGAAGAUGUGAGGCGCAGUGCCAUGCUGUGUAUUCUCACCGUCCCUGCUACAAUGACCAGUCAUGACCUUAUGAAGUUUGUAGCCCCAUUUAACGAAGUAAUUGAACAAAUGAAAAUCAUCAGAGACUCUACUCCGAAUCAGUAUAUGGUGCUGAUCAAGUUUAGUGCACAGGCGGACGCAGACAGUUUUUACAUGGCAUGUAACGGCCGCCAGUUCAACUCAAUUGAAGAUGAUGUUUGCCAGCUGGUCUAUGUGGAAAGGGCUGAAGUGCUGAAAUCUGAAGAUGGUGCCAGCCUCCCUGUAAUGGACCUGACAGAGCUCCCCAAGUGUACUGUGUGUCUUGAGCGCAUGGAUGAGUCUGUAAAUGGCAUCCUCACCACCUUAUGCAACCAUAGCUUCCACAGCCAAUGUCUGCAGCGCUGGGAUGAUACCACGUGUCCUGUUUGCCGAUACUGUCAAACACCAGAGCCAGUAGAAGAAAACAAGUGUUUUGAAUGUGGUGUUCAGGAAAACCUCUGGAUUUGUUUAAUAUGUGGUCAUAUAGGAUGUGGUCGAUAUGUAAGCCGACAUGCCUACAAACAUUUUGAGGAGACCCAGCACACAUACGCCAUGCAGCUCACUAACCAUCGAGUGUGGGACUAUGCUGGAGAUAAUUAUGUCCAUCGACUGGUUGCAAGUAAGACAGAUGGAAAGAUUGUGCAGUAUGAGUGUGAGGGUGACACCUGCCAGGAAGAGAAAAUAGAUGCCUUACAGUUAGAGUAUUCAUAUUUACUAACAAGCCAGCUGGAAUCUCAGCGAAUCUACUGGGAAAACAAGAUAGUUCGGAUAGAGAAGGACACAGCGGAAGAAAUUAACAACAUGAAGACCAAAUUUAAAGAAACAAUCGAGAAGUGUGAUAGUCUAGAGCACAGGCUAAAUGAUCUCCUGAAAGAAAAGCAGUCUGUGGAAAGGAAGUGUACUCAACUGAAUACCAAAGUGGCCAAACUCACCACUGAGCUCCAGGAGGAGCAGGAAAUGAACAAGUGUUUGCGAGCCAACCAGGUCCUCCUGCAGAGCAAGCUGAAGGAGGAGGAGAGGUUGUUGAAGGAGACCUGUGACCAAAAGGACCUGCAGAUCACUGAGAUUCAGGAACAGCUGCGCGAUGUCAUGUUCUACCUGGAGACACAGCAGCAGAUCAGCCACCUGCCUGCUGAGACCCGGCAGGAAAUCCAGGAGGGACAGAUUAACAUCGCUAUGGCCUCGGCCUCCAGUCCCUCCUCCUCAGGUGGCAGUGGGAAGCUGCCAUCCAGGAAGGGCCGAAGCAAGAGGGGCAAGUGACCUUCAGAGACACCUGUCUCCAAGACUUCCCCACCACCUCAGGGUGUGCUGGGACUUUUGCUGAGUGGGAGGGUGGGCCUAAUAAGUACGCCUGAAGAUGAACCACAGUCCUGUGGCUCUUUCAUUUGUUGUGUGUGGUGUGAUGAGCACAGGACGCCAACAGAGAGUGGUGGAAGGAGGGCGGUAUUGCCGGCCAUUCUGCCUUCCUGCUUGGUAGCUCCUGUGGUACACGUUUCCGUUCUAUUUAUUCAGUUGGAGUAUUUGAGGUUGAGUUCUGACGUAGGUUUAUGACAAGUUUUUGUGACCUCAAAGGCAACGUUACCUGGCACUAAAGCACAGAACCUCCCAUAGGCCCCAGCAGCUGCUUUCAAGAGAGGCUCCUGUUGGCUGCUGAGGAGCUAGGAAAAUUCCCUAGCAUUAGUCUCACAUCUAGUUGCCAUCCCUCCCUUUCCCUGGGGAGUUGAAGAAUUGUUUGAAUGUUGUUACAUGAAGAGAGGUUGGGUUGUAAACCAGGCACUGGCUUGUCCCCAGCAGCCAUCUCAUCUUGCUUUAGGGCUAGCCAGGAAAAACAAACAAUCUAGGACAGAUUGAUAGAGCCAAUAUAGGAAAAAUGGUGGUAGUCCACUUUGUUUAUUUUUGGUGACUCCGUACAAAAUUGUGCCUGUCAAAUACAAAGAGCCUUAUAUGGCACUCCUCAACUCAGAUAUAUGAGAGUGUUUCCUACGGCUAGCAAAAAUCAAGGGGCUACCGUCCAUGGGCAAACAGAGAACGAGUCCUCUGACAAACUAAUUGUGUGUUUUGUGGGGAUUGGUAUUUGCUGAGUGUUUACAGAAGGUUGGGCCUCAUGUUCAGGUUACAGCUAGAGGGAGCCUGGGCAGAUUUUCAAUUAUGCUUUCAAGAUAUAACCAAAGGCUGCUUCUCAAUCCAGAAACUGGCAUUUCAACAGAGCCCCUUUCAAACAGCCAUAUAAUGCUCAUUGUGGGCCAACAGAGGGGCUGUGUGCAUUUCUCUAGAGCCAGAAACAUCAAAUAAUUUGUGACAUGCAGUAACUGAGCAAAACUGAAGUGAGACUCAUGUUGGAAUUUAGCUUCUAGAAGAGGUAGCUGGGCAGGUUAGCACAGCACACUGUUCCUUGGCAGGCUUUCUUUUCUGCUUUAUCAUCAGCCAAAGUUUUGAAAUGAUCCAGGAUUGCUUUUUCCGACUAUGACUGGACCUCAUCCUUUGACCCAAAUGUCUUACAUGUUGUUACCACAUCACCUGUGUUGCUAAUAACCAUUCAAUUCUGUGCAGUGUGCCGUAUCAUUUCUUGAAAAGGUUACCUAUAACUUUGCAGAAUGAAUGUCCUCAGAUGUUCGGGUUUUUUUGUUGUUGUUUGUUUGUUUGUUUGUUUUUUGUCUUUUUGAGACAGGGUCUCCCUGUAGCCCCAGCUGUCCUGGAACUCACUAUGUAGACCAGGCUGGCCUCGAACUCACAAAGAUCCGCCUGCCUCUGCCUCCCGAGUGCUGGGAUUAAAGUCGUGUGCCACCACGCCUGGCCCUAACAGUCUUGAUUUUUACUUAGAGCAGACCAACACUCCUCCGAGACCUGGAAUGCAUGGGCACUCUGAACCAAGAGCAGGGGUAGAAAGUAGAGCCUGAUUCUCUUUCUUAUAGAGAUUCUAUUUUAUUUAAAAAUAUAUUUUUACACUAGUUAGAAUCCUGCUGUGUUAGCCAAGUACUUGUCUUGCAUGUUGGGCCUUGUAGGAGCUGGGGUGGAUGGUAGCAUACUAAUUAAGAGAAUCAGAAGUAGUUUACAAAGCUCGUUUACUCCUCGUUUCAUUGUGGUCUCCUCCAUCAAGCAGCCCUGCCACCAACUGGGAGAACACCACUUUUCAGCACAGGUGGGAGAAAAACGCUCACAAAGGCUGUGGCCAGAGGAUUGAGCAAAUGGGCAAAGGUUUCCAAGAUACUUGAAGGUCUAAAAAAAUGUUCCAGGAAAACAAAAAUCAAGAUGUGUAAAAUAAAAUGUUAUUUUAAGGGUCAAAGAGUUAUGCUGAAUUUGACAUUACACAAGAUUGAAGUUGUUAGAGUAUCCUUCAGAAUGGAAUUAAACCACUUCAAUUGCCCAUGCUACCUUGACCAAUGGAAUUGUAUUAAAAUAACGAGACUUUUAAAUCA